UGGCGGCUCAACUUCAGGCUGGGUUUCACUGCGCCGGGGUCAGCUGUAAAGGUCGUUACGAGCCAGUAACAGCACCGAAACAUUCGAAAAGAUGUCAUAAAUUGCACAAUAGUCGAUGUUAAAGGACGAAGUUCAGUAAUACCAUGAUGUCUUGCGGCUGGUUUGAUAUAAAUAGCUUUAUGCUGUUAUAAACACUGAGUUAGCCUUUAGCUCGGGUGGCUAACGAGUCAGACUUUACAGCUGAACUCAUUCACGUUUUAUGUCGUUUACAACCAACCAAACAGCUGCUUUGGUUAUUUUAUUAGCACGUUAGUUUGAAGCCGUGACGUGUGUCAUGUCAACGCAGUCUGCGGUAACGGAGGCGAGGUGAAGUAAACAAAUCGCCCGUUAAUCAAGCACCAUGACGGAAGACGAGGGACAUGAGGACGGUGCAGCGCGGUCGUCGUUUCCAUCGCCGCUUUCACACCGAGAGAGAUUCCCGGUGCAGAAGAACAACGUCUGUUCACGAUCAUACUUUGUAGUGGUCAUGGUUUUCUUUCAUGUCUACAUCCUGAAUGUCAUCGCACUGUUAUUGUACGUGCAUUACAACACCGGCUCUGAUGCGGGAGCGUCUUCCAGCAGAGAGUUUAUCAGCCGGAGCAGAGCAGAUCCUGAGACAGCAGAGCAGCCGCCGUCCUACACACACCUCCCGCGCAUCGAGGGGAUACGGGUGGGUCAUGUGCAAAAAGUGACUCUGGUGCCAGGAAAAGUGCACGAGAUUAAGACCCUUAGUCUGAAGCCUCUACUUUUUGAAAUUCCUAGUUUCCUCUCUGAGAGAGAAUGUGCAGUGCUGAUGCAUCUAGCUCAACUGAAGGGCCUGGUGGAAAGUCAAGUCAUGGUGCCUGAGGGGCAAGAAGAACUCAGCCAGCAGCUAAACCUCAGUGCUGAAGAGAUCUUCCAUUUGCUUGAUCUAAAUCAGGACGGCCAGCUACAGCCACAUGAGAUUUUAACACACUCCAGAGUGAGAGAUGGUAUUUGGCUAACUCCUGAGAACCUCCGAGAGAUCUACGCUGGCCUCAAGGUGGACAAGGAUGGUAACGGUCUCUUGAGUGUAGAGGAGUUUAGGCAGCUGAGCAGUGACGCAUUCCAGCGAUUCCUACACCAGCGAGGGGUGAACAGGAACCAGUUAGUGAGGAACAGCAGACACACGUGGCUCUACCAGGGUCAGGGAGCACACCAGGUCCUCAGAGAUCUCCGCAACAGAGUCACACAUUUAACAAGGCUUCCAUCUGCAUUGGUGGAGUUGAGUGAACCUCUUCAGGUGGUGCUUUAUGAGCAAGGUGGUCAUUACCAUGCUCAUCAUGACAGUGGGCCAGUUUACCCUGAGACAACCUGUACACACACUCACCUCACUGUCAACUCCUCCUCACCAUUCCAGACUUCCUGCAGGUACAUUACUGUGCUGUUUUACCUGAACACAGUAGAGGAAGGAGGAGAAACCACCUUUCCUGUAGCAGACAACAGGACCUAUGAUGAAGUGGCUCUCAUACAGGACGAUGUAGAUUUGUUGGAUACGAGAAAGCACUGUGAUAAAGGGAACCUGAGAGUGAAGCCCACAAUGGGCAAAGCAGUGUUCUGGUAUAACUAUCUGUCUGAUGGAAAUGGCUGGGUUGGUGAACAAGAUGAGUAUGCACUACAUGGAGGCUGUGUUGUCACUCGAGGGGUAAAAUGGAUUGCCAACAACUGGAUAAAUGUUGACCCAGACUACCACCGACAAGCCCGGUAUGAGCAGCUCAUGUCUCAGCGGCCGGAAUCUCAGGAGCAGCAGCACACAGAUGCACACCAGGACCUGUAACUACAAAAAUGUAUAUCACAAGAUUUGCAGUACACAUGCACUUGCAUUGUCCACAAACAAUGACACAAAAAGAUCCGUAAACACAUGAACAUUUAUAGUAUUCACAUAGCAAGUGCUGGAACAUGUACAUGCAGAUACACAAACAAUCUUAUGUAUGGAAAUUUAAUAAGUCCUUCUACAUUUUAGAAAGACUUAUUGGGACACAGGGAUUCAAUUUUAACGCUUGCACAUGUGGUACAUGCUACUCUGUAGAUAUACAGAGUGUUUAAUUUAUUUUACCAAUAUUUAUGAACACGUCUAAGUUAUGUUAUUUGUUUUAUUGUAGCUGCUCUUAAUAAGUACAGCAUGAGAGAGAGAGAGAGAGCAAGAGAUAGAUGGGUUGAGAAACCACUGAAAAUAGACAGACACGGUUUACUCUCUGGACAAAGAAAUGAAUCCAGUUUAUUUUUGACAUUUUUGCCUUUUCCCCCAGUGAUUGUCAUCUAAUCAUUACACUGCCAAAAUCUAUAUUGCAUUUUUUUACCCCCUGUAAACAACACUGUGCAUAUACAUGUAGGCAAAAAUGCAUGCUUAUCAGGGGGGUAACAAUAUGGACUAUCAUAAUUGACUAGACUAAAUAAACGUAAUCUCAUGAUAAGCACACUUUUCAUGAACCAUUAACUAGCAUACUAUCCAAUUAGCUUGAGAAAAACUUUGAGUCACAGGUAUGUUAAAUUCUAAUUCUUUUUUGUUUGUUUUAUUUUGCUAAGAUUCUAAAUGACUGAAUCAAUCACUGUGCCACUAUUAAGUUUCAUUUAUUCUGCUUUUAUAAUAACAAACAUUUUAGUCAAUUGAAAACCCAAUUUUUGUUAUUGGUGUAUUGAAAUGGUAUCAUAAAGGAUUUUAAUGUUCUGUAUUGUUACACCCCUAUGGCUUAUAUGCACCUAAAAAUACACUCGUUUACAAAAAAUCCAUAAAUAAACAUCAUACUAGACUGUAGCAUAACAUCACUUACUACAAAUUUGAGAUUCAGUGAUUUAAAGCUAAAUUCUGACUGUGCUGCGUCAAAGUAACUGUAAUAAAUGAACCAGUAAUCACCAGCUUGCACUACAGUAUAUAAGUAAUGGCUCCUCUGUAGAGGCACUUGGAGCAGAGUCCAACCAUAUACAUAUAUCUGCAGUAUCAAGAAGCAUGAAUGUUCAUAGUCCUGAUUCACAAUGCCAUACAUUUAAAAAUCAGUCACAAUACUAAUUAUUAUUAGUAUUUAAUAUAUUAUGAAUGCAGUCAGAUUUUUGUUACUGCAUUUAUCAGUUAAAUAAAUAGGGUUGGAGGAGCUAAACACUGAAGACAUUUGGGUUACAGAUCAAAACAUGAAACACUAUAUUUUAUUAGUUUGGGGUAAAUCAUAUUGCAUAAUCAUGGGCCUGAUGGCAUAAAGCUAACUGCUUUGCUUACUGUACAUUUGUUUGUGGUAAUGUUAUUAAUGUCACCCUGCACCACGAAAGACUAUGGUCAUGAGCCCCUCCUGCACCGUUCUCCAAAAUAACAAGAACAGCAUGUUUUUAUAGCUGAUUGUCCAUGUAUUUUGUGAUUUUACAAUCUUUUCAUAAUUUAUUUCAGGCGACAGCUUGUAGGUAAUAAACAAUAACCCCUUUCUGCAUAGAAACAACCCAAAAAGCUGAACCAAAAAAAUAUUGUUCUGCUAUAAUACAUGUACGUAGCAACACACAGCAGAUACAGAACAUGUACACACUCACAAAUAAAAACACACAUACAACUGGUAGGCAUAAACAUUAAUAAUGUAUGAUGAUUUUAUAUCCUGUGUCCCACAUUCAGAACCGAGUCAAGCAUUACCUAACUGUUCACAAGAUAUCUGGACUGACACCCAGGGUGUGAAUUCAGGGACAGUCGUCUUGAUACUGAGGGGGUCCACUGUAUUUAUUUUACAUAUAAAGGGAUCCCUGGUUACAAAAACCUCAUGAACCAUUACUGAAGGCACCAUUAUUUAUUUAUUAAUUAUUUAUUUAUUAUUUAUGGGAAUGCAGCCAUAUUUUAUAAUCGUUGUUUACUUAUUUAUGCACUACUGUACCUCCUAAGGAGUGUGAAAGAAUGUUCACUUGAGUUUUCAUUGGAUAAAAGGGAUUCAGAACAUUAGCCUCUGUUGAUUAUGUAGUUUGCUAUAGUUUUAUGUUGCACUCAUGAGUUAAUCAAUCAGUUUAAAGUUGUUACCCAAGAUGUGUAUAAUACGUGUGGUGAAACACAACAUCUCAACUGACAUGAUCUUUCUUUUAGCUCUUCCAAUAAGGCAUGUUGAAACUGAUGCUUGAACAAACUCGCUCUGUACAGGGGUUGUAAUUAUUUAUUAUUAUUUAUUUAAUCUGUCUUCAGUUUGAAUUCACUUGCAUCCAUAAAAAGUCUGUG